GUCGUGUGUUCUCGCUACACCCGGUCCGUCGGAACGAGACGGUCCUCUUGUACGCGCGCGCUUCCGCUUGGGGGAUUCCGCUUCAAACACACUCAGCUCCUGGGCUCGUCGCCCCCUCCCGCUCCGGCGAGUUUUUUUUUCUAGGGCUUUAGGAAUUAGGGGGCGCAGCGCCACCCGCGUGCUCCCACCCCCCACUUCCGAUUCUUCUGUACUCGGAUUGUGGAGGUAAGGGAGACAAGGGCAUAAGGCGGCGGCGCGGGCGCGUGGGGUUCCCAUUUGUGCCGGUCUCUUCCGACGAAGCCCGUUUGCGAGGGUAGCGUCGCGCCGAGGCGGCGGCGGCGGCGGCGGCUGCGCGAUGAACGCGCCUGUAGUCGAUCCAUAUCAGGGGGAAUUUCCAGAGACAAUCGAGGAGUACUUGCAUCAUGGUACUAUGAAAUGCAUUGCGUUUAACCGUACAGGAACACUUCUUGCUGCUGGAUGCUCAAAUGGUAGCUGUGUUAUCUGGGACUUUGAAACAAGGGGGCUUGCAAGAGAAUUUCGUGAUAAAGAUUGCACUGCACCUAUAACAAGCGUAUCCUGGUCUAGGUACGGCCACCGUUUACUUGCCUCUGCUACUGACAAGUCAUUGACACUUUGGGAUGUGUCAACUGGGGAAAAGAUUGCCCGCAUAACUCUUCAGCAGACUCCAUUGCGCACCAGUCUUCAACCUGGUUCUCCAACCCCAUCUGUUUGUUUGGCAUGUCCUCUGUCUUCUGCACCUCUUCUUGUUGAUUUGAAUACUGGAAGUACCACAGUUCUCCCUGUUUCUGUAUCUGAGAAUGGUAACCCACCUGCACCUAAUCCCCGUAACAAAUUCGCGGAUGGUACCCCACCUUUUACACCAACAGCUGCAACAUUUGAUAAGUAUGGGGAUCUGAUAUAUGUGGGCAACUCUAAGGGAGAAAUUUUAAUCGUCGAUUCAAAAACCAUCCAGGUACAUGCAGUAAUUCCCACCCCUGGUGGAACUGUUGUUAAGGAUAUUGUUUUAAGCCGGGAUGGUCAAUAUCUUCUAACGAAUUCUAAUGAUCGGGUCAUUAGAGUCUACAAGAAUAUGAUGCCUGUUAAAGGUUCUGGAGAGGAGAUUAGAAACAUAAGCAACAACAAUAAUGACUAUCAAAGUCACUAUGAUAAGUUAAAAGCAAAUGGUGCAAGCUGCCUUAUUCUUUCCUGUGAACUUUCGGAUGCCAUUACAAAGAUACAGUGGAAGACACCAUGCUUCAGUGGUAAUGGUGAGUGGAUAGUUGGCGCUUCUGCAAACAAAGGAGAGCACAGGCUGCAGAUAUGGGACCAAACAGGGCGACUUGUAAAGAUCCUUGAUGGUCCGAAGGAAGCUCUCAUUGAUCUUGCCUGGCAUCCUGUUGAACCUACAAUUGCUACAGUAUCUGUAACAGGCUUUGUAUACAUUUGGGCCAAGGAGCAUGUAGAGAAUUGGAGUGCAUUUGCUCCUGAUUUUGUUGAAUUAGAAGAAAAUGAAGAGUACGUUGAACGAGAGGAUGAGUUUGACCUGAACCCACGUGAAGAAGAGGCUGAGGAAGUAGUGAUAGAUGAGAAUGCGGAAAUUGAUAUUGAAACAUAUGAGAAGAAUGCAGUGUUCAGUGACGUGGAGGAUUCUGUGGAUGAGAUUGUCUUCUUGCCAGCAAUUCCUUCCCCAGAUGCUCCUGAUGAACAGCCAGAGAAAUGCCUUGGAAGUUCAUCAAAGUUGGAGGAUAGCAACCAUUCUGGUUCCCCAUCCUCAAUGGAUGCUGUACAGAAUGGUCAAGCCAUUCCUCAGGCGUCAAGCCCAAUGGAAGUGGACAACUCUACUGCUGAAGACCCAGCGGAAGGGCCAAACUCAAAGCGGAAGCGGCGACUGUCCGUGAAGGGGCUCGAGUUGCAGCAGACUGAGAAGGUCAAAAAGCCGGCAACAAAAAACAAAUCCAACGGCAAGUCUGCAAAAUCCAGUGCCAAGCAGAUGGAAUCCACCAACGGAAACAGCUCCGCCGUUGAUGAUGAAGCAACUGAGGAUGAUGAGAUUAACAUUGAUAGCUAGAUUUUCUGACCGAGGACAGUAGCUGGGGGGAAUAUAAAAGGCUGUUCUGUAUCCCCCCAAAGAGAAAAGAAUGCUCUGUGCUGGGACAAACUAAACCUAUUAACUAUCAGUGCUAUUGCCUGUAAGUUGACAUUUGUAGUUUGUGUUAAGAAAAAGAUAUUCGCUGUUCUUUGAGGUGUUC